AAAAUAUAAAUAAUUAUUAAUUAUUCAAUAAUUAUUAAAAAAGAAAAUACCCAACUCUCAGAAGUUAAAAAAGUACGUAUUUUCAUAUUCUGAAAAAAUUGUAAAAUACAUUGGUGUCUACACUGCUCAACAAAUUUGUCUACGUAUAUCCUACUAGAACUGACGCAUAUUCGACUUUGUUCUUGAUGUAACUCAAAGAUGAAAAGACACUUUCAACUAUUGUCAUACAACCAUAAAAUCAAUACAAAUUAAUGGUAGCUUGUAAUUAGAUUAAUUGUUAUAUUUUGAAAAUAAUUAAAGUUAGAGAAUAGGAUAUUGCUAUUACGAAGUGUUUAGAAUAAAACAACAAAAAAGUUUAGCUCAAUGAAAAUUAUAUUUAUUAAUAAUAGCAGUGUCCCGGUUUGAAUUACCUAAAAUACCACUUAUAUUCCCAUAUGCAAACUACAAACGAGUGUAGGAUAAUCGUUUUUUUCAAAUUUCUGGAUGUCCCGAACUAUUAAUUAUAAUUUUUUUGUCCAUGCGUAAAUUACCACAGGGGGUCGGAUAAUCACUUUUUCCAAAAUUUAGGGGUGUCCCGGGACACCCCUAAAAGCCCCUCGGUCCGCCCCUGGUUGUACAUAUACUCUUUUGUAUAAAUCUCUUUAUUGUACAAACUAAAGUUGUACCUUUAUGUUAUGGUACAAUUUCAAAUUGUAUCAUAACAUAAAAACAUAAAUUCUCUUAUGGUACAACUUCAAUUUGUACUUUUAGCCUUAUGGUACAAUUUAAAGUUGUACUUUAAAGCACCAAUGCUUUAAAGCAUAAUAGAAGUGCUCAAAUUAUGGGUUUUGUGGUACAUAACAUACAUUAAUUCAAUUAAUUGGUCCUUGCAUUAAUGUGAUUCUGUUAGAAACCCGCCCUAUUAGGAUUUCUAUUAUUAUAUUAGAUAAGAUAAUUAUAAUUAUGGUUAGUAGAGAUUUAGUCGUGUUAGGAUUAUUAUUAGGGUUUCUUAGUAUUUCCCUGUAAAUAAGUAAUUUCAGUUUACUUCAUCAAUCAAGAAAAGUAUUAAGCAAAGUAUCUCUCCUAAACCCAAUCUCUCUCAACUCCUAAUUUCUAUUCUCUCCUAAACCAAAGCCUCGACCGAUUCUUGAUUCUAUUAUGUUCUUCUCAUCUAAAUCCCUAAUUCUUUCUCUCAACCCCUAAAUCCCUAUUCGUUACCAGUUAUUGCGGGUGUCGAAGAUCAAUCUCUAGAAUCCCUAGAAGCGGGGUUCUUUCAGUGGUAUCAGAGCCUGGUUGUAGGCACCCACAUCAGAAUCAUGUCAAGUUGUCAAGAACACGAAUGGAGGAAGUUGAUCGAAGACGAUUCACAAAAAUAAAACAAUUGUUGACGCAGCUGACGUCGUUCGACGGGAACGACCAUGAAGAUGACUCGUGGGACGAGGAGGUCCCGGUGGCGGCAAUCAAAGAGCAGCAGCUGACCAAGGUUGAGCGUGAGUUAGCGGACGGCGACCGAGCAGAGGAGCAAGCAUUGGGAUGUGAUGCGUCUGAUGAAGGGAAGUCGGGGCGAGUCGCCGCGAGAGCAAAUGGCGACAGGGAGGAGCAGAGCAAGGCCGCCGCUGCCGCUAUACCACCACCCUCACCACCUUCUGCCAACAAGGAGGGAAGCGAGGCCUCCAAGGCAACUGUAGUUGCGGUGGUCGAAGAAGAAUGAGGAAGAGAUCUGGCCGCUCCUGCCACUAUCCCUAGCAAGGGGAGGGUAGUCGCCUCUGAAGAAAUCCAACCCGAGGAU